GAGACGGAAGCCGGUGGGGACGGGAAGGACCUGGAGGGAAAGUCCUGAGCGGGACGCAAGAGGCGGGGCGUGAGCUUCUGAGUCCUUCCAGUUCCUGUGACCUCCUCAGCGAGGAGUGACAGCCUCACCGACCAGAGCAAUGGGUUUGCACUCAGAGUUGAAGUUGGCUGUGCCCUGGGGCCACAUUGCUCUCAAAGUCUGGGGCUCCCAGAAGAACCCUCCAGUUCUCUGCUUACACGGCUGGCUGGACAACGCCAACUCCUUUGACAGGCUCAUUCCUCUUCUUCCCCAAGACUUCUGUUACAUGGCUAUGGAUUUCGGAGGCCACGGGCUCUCGUCCCAUUACAACCCAGGCCUCCCGUACUACCAGCAAAAUUUUGUGAGUGAGGUCCGAAGGGUGGCAACAGCCUUUAAGUGGAAUCAGUUCACCCUCCUGGGCCACAGUUUUGGUGGCUGUGUGGGUGGCACGUUCGCCUGCAUGUUCCCUGAGAUGGUGGACAAACUGAUCUUGCUGGACUCAACGCCAUUUUUCCUGGACUCUAAUGAAAUGGAGAACAUACUGACCUACAGGCGGAGAAACAUAGAGCACACACUUCAGGUGGAGGCCUCCCAGAAAAAGUCCCUGAGAGCUGUCAGCCCAGAGGAGAUGUUGCAGGGGUUCCUGAAUAACAACAGCCACUUGGAUAAAGACUGUGGGGAACUCAUCCUACAGAGAGGAACCACGAAGGUGGACGCAGGUCUGGUGCUGAACAGGGACCGGAGGAUCUCUUGGCCAGAGAACAGCUUUGACUUCGUAAGCAAGGAGAUGUUCGUGCACUCUGCGAAGAGCCUGCAGGCCAGCGUGCUAAUGAUCAAAGCGCUGCAGGGGUACUACGAUGUGAGGCGGGCGAAUGAUGCAGACAAGGCGCCUAUGCACUUCAUGGUGGACACACUAAGAUCCACCCUAAAGGAGCGGUUCCAGUUUGUGGAAGUCCCAGGCAAUCACUACAUCCACAUGAACAAGCCCCAGGUGGUGGCCGGAGUCGUCGGUCCCUUCCUACAGGGCCUACAGAGGAUGACUUCUGCCAGGCUGUAGCUCUGGGAUCCUGUGCACUUUCUAGCUUCCACUGGAUCUCGAGCACUCUCGUCCCACAAAACAGGUGGAGUGGGCGGGAGUCUUGCAGACCAAGAGAGGCAGCAGAGACUCCUUCAGCAGAGGUAGGGGCAGGGAAAAGAAGAUUCUGGCCUUAUCUGUGACUCUGACAAAGGGCCUGGGGUGUUUGGUGAGCUUUGGUGAUGCUAAGGAAGCAGGGCUGGAGCCGACCCUCUGGGCUCUGAGGCUUCUGUGGCCUUGCCACCAGUGGUGGAAAUAAAAUCUCCCAUCUUCA